CGUCCUCGACGGCCGCCGCGGGCCCCUUCCCCGCCGACUUGGAGGGCGAGACCGUCCGCUUUCGCUGCCGGUCGCAGGCCUACAACGCGGCCGUCCACGCGGUGCGCGAGGAGGUCAGCUCCUCGACCGUGCAUCUCAAGAUCACUGAGAAGACCCCCAGGCGCCGCUUCUCGGCUGGUGAGCCCGCCACGCUGCAGGCCGCGGACGGCGCGCGCUGGGCCGGGAAGGUCGCCGAUCCCGACGGCGAGGGUUGCGCUCUGAUGCUCAACUCGCUGUACAGCUGGGUAUUCGUUGAUGUACCUUCAGGUUCGAACCACCUCCUCUCUUCCGGUACCCAACCGUGGUCUGUGCGUAGUCGCAGCGCUGGGUGUGCCGUGUCGUUGGUUGAUUGAGGCGAGGGACUCGUUGGAGAUAGGUUGUAUCCUAGAGUAUAUUACAGGAAUUGAGGAAGAGCAAUUAUCCUUGCACAAGCAGAGGAAGGAUAGGAGGAACAGAGUAGGUGCCGCCUGAUCCACUGGAUGCUGCGAGGGUUUCAUUGGGGAAUGGGGAUAGGUUGUAUGUUAGAGUAUAGGAAUUCGUUGGUUGUAUGUGAGUAUAGGGAUUCGUUGGUUGUAUGUUAGCGAUUACAACCAGUUAGAGGAACUUGCAGAAGGGAAGGGUAAGAGGAAUAGAGGACAGUGUACAAAUGGAUUGACAUGAAGCAGGCUGGGUGUGUGUGGCUAAUACUGAGGACUUUGAGAAAUUGGAGAAUUCUCUUCAAAGGGUAGAGGAGCCAUGCAUGAGGAUCUCAUGCAUUCUCAAAACCCCCUUCCAGAUCACAGUGGGGUGAUAGCAGCUUUAUCACGCUUUGGUUGUAAACAGGUUGCGACCUGCCAGGACAAUAACACCACAUUCAAACUCAAAGUUGGACUUAUUGGCUUUGGAUCCAUCGGAAGGCAAGUAGCCGAGGCUUUAUUUGAGAUGAAAGAUGCCGACCUGAUAGCAAUAUGUGAUAGCUCGACAGUUGCUGAAAUGGCUAUUGCUUGGAAGAGCAGCAAGAUCAGUUUAAUGGCCUCUGGUGAAAGUUCACUCAUGUUCAUGAAGCAAACUACUGGAUUUGGUAAAAAUGUUGGCGUCCUGGUGUCAGUUCUCAACCCCAGGCAACACGAGAAAUGCCCUUGGGGCAACAUUCCUGUGAAUUAUGUUAUUGAUACACUUAGUCUCUUCUCCGAGGACAAGCACUUUGUGUACUCAGCACACGACCGGGUUGACCCACCCUGUACCGAUGGCAGAAUUGAUACCGAUUUGCCAAAGCAGCUGCCAAAGAGCCUACCUGGUACUGUCUACACAAUGAUGUAUGCUGACGAGCGAGUUCCCAAUGGCUUCGAUCCCUCAGUGAAAUACUUGAAGGUUAUGGUCAAUUCUGAAGCUGUUAAGAAGUCUAUUGUUGAAAAUUUACCUGAAUGGAAAGGUGUCUCCGCAAACAUUUGCUUCUAUGCUGAAACUGACCCAACAAAGAGGCUAUGUGAUCCGCUGACGGAGCUUCUUUCCAGCAACGAGGAGCAGGAGGCUGAAGAGAACGAACCAGGAGACGGGUUGAUCUCUGUAUUGACCUGUUGCAUCCGUAUCCUGAAGUCUGUGGCAAUCGGAGGCAUCUUCUUGAUGUUCUAGAGAAGAUACCGGGCUGUGGCAAUCGGAGGAUUGUACUUGUAUCAUAGUCACCGCUUGCUUCCUAACAGCUUGACACAGUACAGAUGCCAGCACUCCGUUGGCUGUGUGGCGGACGAAUGAAGGAACGAAUGAACAGAAAAUAUGCUAGGUGGCGGACGUGUGUUGGUGUGAUACAAAUGACGAACAGAGCUGGAUGAUCACGUGUGGUACACUGCCAUGUACUGUAUAUACAAGUAAAGCUUCAGGUAGUGGAUGUGUGAAAUUAAGCAUGCUGGUCGGUCUGCUGAAUGCCCAGCCACGUCGCCAGCCCCGCACGUACGCGAUGGCCGUGGCAACUCAGGGCUUCCCACUUGUGUGUUGUGUCCGCAAGUUGAAAGCGGGUAAACGCGGCCCUCAUAAAACCCACAUAAUGUUGCAUGUAAAUGCCG